CCCCUCAGGGAGGAGCCGCCCGGCAGAGCCCGGCCCAGCCACCUCUGCACCCCCAGGGCGGGAACCGCCGCUCGAGGCACCCAACAUCUGGUCAGGGCCACACCUUGGUGAAGAACGUGGAGUCGGAGCAGAGCCCACAGCGUGAAGAGACCUUAAGCACGUUUCGUCUCCCGGCGAGGCGGGACGGGGCCGGCACUGACAGGAGCCCCGGCAGCGGGACAGCCCCCGCGACCCCACCGCGCAGCUGUGCCGCCUGCCACAAGAUGGCCACCGCAGCCCCUCCAGCCUCGGCUCCAGCCUACGCUGCCAUUGGCUGGCUCGAACACCUGACCCCGCGCGCCGGGCGCUCUGAUACGCUGAUUGGCCAAUGCCGUGAGGCAGGCUCGAGCGGCGUAGAGGCGAAGAACCGGCAAACACAGUUCCCCGAGGGGUCCGUCAAGAUGGCGGCCAAGGGGCCGCUGCUGACCUGGGAUGUUUCACCAAAAAAUGGCAGUGAAGUAUUUUUCUCACACGAAAUUUAUGAAAAAUAUUCAUUGGCUCCGAGCCUCUCUGAACUAUGGCAUUUAUCAAACAGAGAGGCAAAGAAAAAUGUGGAGGCAUUGGGAAAGUCUUCAGAAAAUAGACAGACUUCUAACAUCCAGGCUGCAGAUCUAGUUGAGGUGGAGGCUAAAAGCACAACUGAUGAUCAUCCUUUUCCAGAACCUAGGAUCCCCUAUCCAUUUACCUCUUGUUUGACUGAGAAGGAGCAGAAAACGUACUUAUAUCUGAUGACUAAGUACUCAAAAAAAAUAAAACAUUUUCAAGUUAAUGCAGCAAGUCAAAGAGAAUUAUACACCUAUCUGCAAAUGAAAGAAGUAGUAAACAAUGAAAUGGCAGAAUUUAUGAAAUUUGCCCAAAACGCUGCAAAAAGCUGUGCCAAGGAUUAUGAUGCCAUCUCUGAAGAUGGACUACGUUAUACUGAGGAAUUAUUACGUGCUUGUAUUGGACAUGUGCAGAAGUAUCCUGAGUUUUACACGCUCCAGGAGAUCAUGAGUAUCAUGGGAGGGAAGUUUCAUACACAGUUGACCUUUAGGCUGGAAAAAAAUCUUCUUGUAAUGGGUACAGCAAGACGUGGUAAAACAAAUUUCCCUGCCAUGCCUGUUCAACUGCCCACAGAUUAUAAAACUAUUACAUCUAUUAUAAGUCCAGAAAAAAAGGCUUCUAUUAUGCACGAAGAUAUUAGUUCAGAUUCAAAUGCAGAAAAACUUGCCUUGAAAUACUGUCCGCAAGUUGUUUUAAGUAAUGAAUCAUUAUUUACUUUACUGAAUAAUCAUGGACUAAACUACAAGGAACAAUGGGAAAUUCCAGUUUGCAUUAAAAUGAUCCCUGUUGCAGGUAGCAAACCAACUAAAGUGGUUUAUGUUGAUUCACCUCUGAUGAGAAAGGAAAUGACAGUAAGAGAGAGGAACCAAAUCUUCCAUGAAAUUCCAAUGGACUUUCUAGCAACUAAAACGUCUUACGUUUCAAUUUCUGAUGUAUCAAUGGACAAACCAGCUGAGGACAGUCUGUUUCAGUGGGAUAUGUCUUCCGAUACCUACCAGUACAGGAAGAUUCCUCUUCCAGAUGACACAGGGAUGGACUUUGAUGAUGAUGUUACAGAACUGGAAACUUUUGGAGCAACUGUCAAGCUCUCAAGAACUUCUAAAAUGGAAAGUACUUUUCCUACAGUUAAUAACACUGCUAAAGUUUUAUCACAUGGCCUAAAAAUGGGGAAAAAAAAUACACCCACCAUAAACAGUGGAGAUGAAGAAGGGAAAAACACCAUUUCUGAGCAAGGAGUUUCAGCAUGUGCUAGCAUGCAGCUUCCGUCAUUAGAUGGUGUUCUGUGCUUCAGCCCUGAAGAAAACACGUCUCAUAAAAGCUUUAAUUCAGAGGAUGUAGUACUGAACAAAGCGCAGCAUGUCAUGAACAAAGAAGUAUUAGGCAAUGAAACACAAUUAAAUACUCUAUCUAAUGCUGUUAGUUACAAGAAAGAGUCCGAUGCUGCACAAAAAAAUGAGACUUACACUUCUUUAUGCAGUAGUGACACAGAUGAGGAGCGUUUGGUCAUUGAUACAGAAUGUAAAAACACGGAUUGUUGCCAAACAACUGUACCAAACACUGUUUCUCGUACCUCAGCAGAGACUGCCAAAUCACCUUCACCCACCCAGAUUCCGUUAGCAAGCAUGACUGGUGGAUCAGAUAACAUGGAUCAGGAAAAAAGUGCCUCCAGAAAGCCUACAAGAAAGUUAUCCAAAGAAUUUGAUCCUGUCGGACAGAUUUUGAAAAUGCAAACUGCACUUCUCAAGUCACCUUCCCAAAAAGCUCGUGAGCAGCCAGUGGUGAGCUGUGAUAAUUCUAAUGCUCCACCAGCUCAUGUGCCUCAAUCUCCAAAAGCAUUGGUGACCUCCAGCACAGAAACCGUGCCAGCCACUGCCUCAAACCCCAACAGCUCGUCUAGAAAUACCUGGACUUGGCUUUUUCAGGGAGUUCCAAAGAGAAAGCUGCCAAAUGAACUUCAGCUGCUUGAAGAAGACCCUUCAGAGUAUAAAGCACCUCAGGAUGGCAACCUUGUGUAUAAGCUUUUCAGUUUGAAUGAUCUGUUGUUACUUGUGCGUUGCAAUGUGCAAAAAGUGAAGUCAUUGCCACGAUACCAUAAAAAGAAAAAAGCCCAAAAGGUUACUCCAAUAUUCCUGUUGCCAAAACUGGAAUACCAACCCUACUAUGGUGUCGAAGCUCUUACAGAAAGUGAAGUAUGUCGGUUGUGGACAGAGAGUAUGUUGCAUUCGGAAUGCUUAUUUUAUAUUGGACGUAUUGAUGCUUUUACAUCAAAGCUUAUUAUGCUAGAAAAGAUUUCUCCAGAAAGUUUAAGAGAAAAACUUGGAUUGAUUAAGCCUGCAAAUUCAUUAAAUAUACUUCAUCACAUUUUGAAGAAAGUGUCUGAUUUGCAGGAGGGCUCUUACUUGUUAACUCAUGCUGCAGGAGAUUCAUCAGUUGCAAUCUACAAGAGUUCUCUUGACAAGACGACGAGAGCAUCAUAUAACUUACAUAAAGCUCAUUGUGAUCUGCCUACUGUACCUGCCACUCUCUCAGUCCCAUGGGUGCCACUAGAUCCCAGCCUCCCUUUGCCCUACCACAUGAAUCAUGGAAGAGUUCCGUGCACCUUUCCACCUGCACCCCAGGAAGCCACGUGGAAACAGAAGAUGACUGGGGCAAAAGGACAAUCUGACACACCGUAUGAGGGAAAGCCAGUAGCUAUGGAAACAAAAGGCAGUCCAGCUAAGCGUUUUAGAAAUGAAGGUGUGGCUACAAAGAAGCUGAAGAAGAAUUACUGCAAACAAAGAAUGAUGAAGAAAAAGUGGAAAAUGAAGUACAAGAAAACGCAACUGAAGUAGAGAUAGCUAAACCAUGCUGUGAUAAGUAUGAUCUGGAGAAGGACAAGAGGAAGCAAAAAGUCUGAGGCUUUCUUGCGUCUUCAAAGAAACUAGAACAAGCUGGCAGGGGAAAUGGCAUGGCUGAAACAUUGUAUAAAGCUUUAACCCUUUUUUAACUUCAUGGAUGUAUUUCAAGUGAAAAUCUCAAAUUCAGUCAGAGGGAAAAAAGAGCAAGCAUCUGCAGCUGAGGUUAGGGGACAAAAGUAUCUUCUGUUGGUCUCACGAUUUUUAUAGAAAAACUACGGUUUGAAGAAUGAUGUGGUGGUUGACAGCAAUAUCUAAUGUCCCAUAACAAAAAGGAAAACAACUUUUCAGCUUUCUUAAUUCUUCCAGAAGCACUACAGAUUUUUAUUCUGACAUAAUUUAAAAUUAUAUUUUACUUUGUGCAAUGUGCAUAGUGGGAACAACUUGGAUUUAAUUACUUAAUUCUUUUAAUGCACAAUGUCUACCAGUUUUUUAAUUAUUUAUAAAAAUACAUUUUCUUUUUAGGAUGGUGCAACAAAUGAGGUUUGAUUAACAAAAGCUGUGUCUAUUUGAAUAGUAUGUGCCAUAAAUUUGUACUAGGAAACUUACAAGUACAGCUAAACAGUUAAAAUAAAUAUAUUUUGCUCCCCCAAAACAAAUUUCCAGAUUUAGAUUCUGGCAUGUCUUCAAAAAUGAAUAUUGCAGUUAUUUACUGCAUUACUGAAUGGCUACAGCCUAAGUCUGAUAUCGGAUUGCACGCUGAUAUGCAGUAGCGCUUACCUGAGGUAUUAAGGUUUGCCUGGAGGAACAAGUGAUAGGAUCAAGGCCGUAGUCAUCAUUCCAAAACCCCAACCAGACUAAUGCUGUACAUCAAUUGUUUGCUUGAAAUUUAGAGCCAAACUGACAGAGUGAGGUUAGGAAAAGUGAAUACUUACUGUCUAUCAGAAGACCAAGCAGUGUGAUGACAUGCAUCCUAAUGAAUAUGAGUUAUAUGGAAAAAUUAAAGUUGUUUUAAAUGUUAGUAUAGAAAUGCAUUGUGAGUACAUAAAUGCAUUUCUCUGUAUUACAGCUAUUUUAUGGUACAUACUUGGUGUUUCAUCAAACAAUUUCAACAGAAACAGUUCUUGAAAUUGAGGCUCAAAAACUAUAGUCUCUAUCAUCGCUUUUGUUUUGUGUUUUCUGGAUUUCUGCCUAUAUUUGCCUUUAUUAGGAGUAUUGUUUUUAGAAGAGUGCAUAAAUUAUUGAAAUCUACAAGAAUGAGUCCAAUAAAUUCUUUCCCAUUUUUGCCUUUUAAACAAUACGAACAACUCUUUAAAUGUCUGGGCCAAGUUUUGUUUGGAUGGUGUUCUGGAGAGCUGUUUGUAUGCAUGCUUAAACUGCUAACACACAAAACAAAGGCCUUAAAGAUGUUCUUCCAAGUCUUUUGUUUGGACUAAAGAAGUUACCACGUACACACAUCUGACGAAGCAUUCUUCUGUUCACUAGGGCUUGACACAUAUUAAUGUCAUGAAAAUAAAAAUGAAAUAUUUAAAUCGUUUACUGGGUAUACCUGUUAUAAAAUCCUGAAGACAGUCUUUUUUAAA